GGAGAGGAGGAGGACUCUGCUUCACCGAUGAAGCAGCAACAAGUGUGUCGGAGUGAAACUGGGAUUGUAAGGUAAUAAAAAGUGGACUUUUGGUUAUAUUUAAUCUGGACUUUCGGAUCUGAAUGUAGCGGGACUGACGGAGUUUGUGGACCGCUCUGACCCGGAGGUAUCAUGGCUGCUGUGCUUGCUGAGCUUCCCUCCUAGACCCCGCUGACUUCCUGACCCGACCCGUGACCCGACCCACCGAUAAAGCCCAGAGAGCGCAGCAUGACGACCUCCCAGCUGAACGGCCAUGUUGGGGAGGGCGGAGGAGGGCGGGGGGCGGACGAAGAGCUGCGAGGAGGCCAGCCGCCCCGGGAGAUGGCCGUGGACUGUCCCUCAGAGCUGGGGGCCCGCACGCUGCCGCUGCGCCGCUCCGCCCAGCUGGAGAGAAUCCGGCAGCAGCAGGAGGAUCUUCGGCGGCGGCGAGAGGAGGAGGGCCGGCAGCUGGACCUGAACGCCUCGCUGCGACUCAGGAAGCUGGCCCAGAACCCGCACGCCAUUGGCAUCGACAACCCCACCUUCCUGCAGGAUGUGCCACAGCCACAGGCGCUCAGCGGCGGCCAGAGCCAGGCGCUGCUGGAGCUGGAGGAGCUGCUGCUGUCCCUGAAGCAGGUCCGGAGCUGCCUGUCCGACCAGCAGAGCCAGAACGACGUGGAGCUGGUUCUGGCUCUGCUCAGCAAGUCGGACUUCCAGUCGGCGCUGAGGAUCCACAACGCCGUGGCGUCCAGCAUGCAGCAGCCGACUCCACCGUUCCCGCUGACCCAGCAGGCGCUGCCGCUGGCCAUGGAGGUGAGGAGCCUGGUGCAGGCCAGCCAGAGUAAAGACGGCCUGGAGCUGCUCGGCCUGCUGUCCGACACCCGGCUGCAGGCGCUGCUACAGGCUCAUGACGGCGUGGCAGAGAGGGAGAUGGAGCCGGAGUCCGACCCGCUGGAAGGAGAAACUGUGGCGCAGUGGGGCGGAGAGACCGUGAAGAUCGUCCGCAUCGAGAAAGCUCGAGACGUUCCCCUGGGGGCGACUGUUCGAAAUGAGAUAGACAGCGUGAUCAUCAGUCGCAUCGUCCGGGGAGGAGCGGCCGAACGCAGCGGCCUGCUGUCUGAGGGAGACGAGAUCCUGGAGAUCAACGGCGUGGAGAUCAGAGGGAAGGACGUCAACCAGGUGUUUGACAUCCUGGCCGACAUGCACGGCCUCCUGACCUUCGUGUUGAUCCCCAGCGCUCAGACCAAACCGCCGCCGGUCAAGGAGAGCGUGGUCCACGUGAAAGCCCACUUCGACUACGACCCGUCCGACGACCCGUACGUGCCGUGCCGAGAGCUGGGCCUGUCGUUCCAGAAAGGAGACAUCCUCCACAUCAUCAGCCAGGCCGACCCCAACUGGUGGCAGGCGUACAGAGACGGCGACGAGGACAACCAGCCGCUUGCCGGACUCGUCCCAGGAAAAAGCUUCCAGCAACAACGGGAGGCCAUGAAGCAAACCAUAGAAGAAGACAAGGAGUCUGAGAAACCUGGGAAGCUUUGGUGCGCCAAGAAGAACAAGAGGAAAAGGAAGAAGCUGCUGUAUUCCCACAGGAACGACGAUCUUGAUGAGGAGAUUCUGACCUAUGAGGAGAUGGCUCUGUACCACCAGCCAUCCAACAGGAAGCGUCCGAUCGCUCUGAUUGGUCCGAACAGCUGUGGGCAGGCGGAGCUAAGGCAGAGGCUCCUCAGCAGCCAACCAGAACGCUUCGCUGGCGCCGUGCCUCACACCACGCGCAGCCGUCGGGAAGCCGAGGUCAGCGGUAGAGAUUACCACUUUGUGUCCCGCCAGGCGUUUGAAGCAGAGCUGGCGGCCGGGAAGCUGAUCGAAUCGGGCGAGUUUGAGAGGAACCUGUACGGGACGAGCAGCGACUCGGUGCGGCAAGUCAUCAAUGCCGGGAAGAUCUGCCUGCUGUGUCUGCACACACAGGCCCUGAAGGUGCUGCGCAGCUCCGACCUGAAGCCCUACAUAAUCUUCAUCGCCCCACCGUCCCAGGAGCGACUGAGAGCGCUGCUGCUGAAGGACGGCAAGAGCCCCAAGCCUGAGGAGCUGCGUGACAUCAUCGAGAAGGCUCGUGAGAUGGAGCAGAGCUGCGGCCAUCUUUUCGACGCGGUCAUCGUGAACACGGACCCGGACCGGGCGUACGCCGAGCUGCUGCGCCUCAUCAACAAGCUGGACACGGAGCCGCAGUGGGUGCCCUGCUCCUGGCUGCGCUGAUGACAUCACAGGUCACACAGUAAACGCUGCACCACCCGGUCCUGAAAUCUAACCUUCACAGCAUUAGCAAUUAUAUUUAUACACAAAAUCACAGAAAAAUCUGAGCAAAUUUUUGAAGCUGAAAGUUGUGAAAUUUGACAUUAAGAGCAGGAAAUGUUUCCUCCAGGUUUUCCUGAACGAGCCAAAGCUCUUUAUUCAAAACCAGAAAUCACAGAAAACACAACUAAAU